AACUCCGUUACCGGACUGACGUCACCGUUAAAGCGAAAAGGACCGUUACUUGGUUGCCGAACUCUCCAACUGCAAAGGGACAGAAGAUAUGGCUGAAUACCAGCAUAGUCUUGAUUAAAGCUCAUGGCGGCGUAGUCCUCUGUCGAACAGUACCGCUCAACCUCCAAAACAGCUCACGUCAUGGUCUAAACAGCGGCACGAACGGGCCGUAAAGUUACUUUUUGGGGGGCGUUUCGCUGCCCGUUCGGAUCGGGAUGAUCUCCAACUGUGAGGAGUGAUUAGUGUCACAGGGCCUGUGUGUAUGUGUACACUGUGGGGUAGCAACAGUAGAAUGAGCUGCCCUAGAGCCAUCACAGUCUGUGGCGACUGACACACACCGCUGCAAAUACAGCAGUCAAUGCGGUCUUCCAGAGACUCGCCGUCCCUGUGGCUGAGAAACCAGCAGCAGCAGCAUGUCCCGCGUCUCCUCCACCGCCAAGCGCUACGCUGGCCCCUCCUACACCAGCCACUACAGCUCCUACAGCUCCUCCCUGACCCCGGGCCUUAGCUCCUACACCGAGCGGGACAGGUUGUCCUCCUACAAGUCCCCCACAUCCUCCUCCACCUCUUCCUCAGGUUACUCCUCCACCAGCUAUAUGAGCAGCUCUGCAGCCCGCAGCCGCAACUACAGCACCUCAUCAGACCCCGACUAUGAAAGGGGUCGAACCAUCCCGCGCACUGACAUCCUCGGGAGCAGCAGCAGCAGCCGUCGGAGUGAGAGCCUCAGCAGAACCCCUGUCAAGAGCUACGGAAGGUCAGGGCUGAGUGGGGGGUCCGCCUACACCGGCUACAGCUCCUACUCUUCGUCCUCAACCCAGUCCAGCUACCUCUCCUCUUCACCGGUGGCCUCUAGCAUCUCGCUCAGCCGACGGAAAUCUGUAUCCCAGAGUGACUUGAGCAGGGACCUGGCCUCUCUGGGGCUCCACGACACCUCGUCCUCUUCCUCCACCGCCUCCUCCUCCACCAGUGUCCUGCGGAGCUACCGCAGUCGAGCCAGUGAUGGAGCCAACUCGUACAGCACUAGCUCCCGUUCAGGCUACUCAGGCCUAUUGCGGAGCUCCACCCAGGAGGCCUUCAGCAGCAGCAGCAGCAGCAGCAGCAGCAGCAGAGCGCUCAGCUCUUCAACAUGGGAGCCAAGCAGUAAUGGCCUGUCCGAUUCUCCCACCAGGGACUCGAUGAAUUCAAAGAGUGCCCAAGGCCUUGUGGGACUAAAAAACCUAGGAAACACUUGUUUCAUGAACAGUAUCCUGCAGUGUCUCAGCAACACACACAGCCUGCGAGACUACUGCCUGCACAACUCGCACCGCAGAGACCUUAACAACAACAGCCGCACUAACACAGCCCUCAUGGAAGAAUUUGCCAAGCUGAUACAAACCAUGUGGACGUUGUCCAGCAGUGAGGCAGUCAGCCCGUCUGAGUUCAAAACUCAGAUCCAGAGAUAUGCUCCCAGAUUUGUGGGAUACAACCAACAGGAUGCUCAGGAGUUCCUGCGUUUCCUCCUGGACGGGCUACACAACGAGGUCAACAGGGUCACUGUCAGACCGAGAGGCACUGUGGAGGACUUUGACCACCUGCCGGAUGAAGAGAAAGGGAAGAAGAUGUGGAGUAAAUAUCUGGAGAGAGAAGACAGUAAAAUAGUCGAUCUGUUUGUCGGGCAGCUGAAGAGCUCUCUGACUUGCAGCCACUGCGGUUUCUGCUCCACUGUCUUCGACCCCUUUUGGGAUCUUUCUCUACCGAUCGCCAAGAAGGGCUAUGGUGAGGUGAGUCUGAUCGACUGCGUGCGGCUCUUCACCAAAGAAGACGUCCUCGACGGGGACGAAAAGCCGACGUGCUACAGGUGUAAAGCCAGGAGGAGAUGCACAAAGAAGUUCACAAUACAGAAGUUCCCCAAGAUCUUAGUGCUGCACCUGAAACGCUUUUCUGAGGCGCGACGAACCAGCAAACUGUCCACCUUUGUUAACUUCCCUAUGAAGGAUCUUGACCUGCGGGAGUUUGCCUCCGAAAACAGCAUAAAUGCAGUGUACAACCUGUAUGCAGUGUCCAACCACUCAGGCACCACUAUGGGCGGUCAUUACACAGCCUACUGUCGCAAUCCCAACUCGGGAGAAUGGUACACCUUUAAUGACUCCAGAGUAACGCCAAUGUCCUCCAGCCAAGUGCGCAGCAGUGACGCUUACGUAUUGUUCUAUGAGCUGGCUUCCUCCUCACGGAUGUGAAGCCUCCUGGAGGAAGAUGGGCUGCAGGACCACUCUGACUGAAGGAUGGAAAACAAGAGUGUUGGUGGAGGCAGGCAUAUUUUGGACUUGUACUUGGACAUAUCUCUCUCUCUCUCUCUCUCUCUCACUCACACACACACACACACACACACGCGCAUUCUGGCACAAACUUCCACUCAGCUGGAGGCUGCUUUUCUCCACUAAGAGAGCUGGAGAGGGGAAUACUCUGGAAAUCACAGGAACCUGAUCAACCAGCCCUGCUGUCUUUCCCUCUCUGACUUUACUCUUGCGUCUUGCUCACUCUGGCUGGAGGUGUGUGUUUAUUGUGUGUUUUUGUGUGUGUGUGUGUGUGUGUGUGAGUGUGAGAGAGAGAGUGUGCAAAGCUGACACAGGGCAAUAAUCCCAUCUGACUGACCUGCAGGUGACUCCGUCUCCAUCUCAGAAGUCCCUCUCUAUGCACUGCAAACCGAACUCUCACCCUUGCCGCGCCUCGCUUAUUUUUCUUCUUGUAAGCCUCAAAGUAUUAAAACUGACUUGUUGCAAUUUUUGA